GCAGUCAAUGAAGGCUGCACGAAGGUUCCUUAGUUUUAUUCUCAAUCUACUCAUGACAAUAACGAGACCAUUUUCGGUUUCCAAAGCCAAUAAGCCUGUUGCAGUAGCGUAUAAUCACUCUUAUGCAACACACCAAUCCCAGCAACCUACAAAUGGGCCCUCCACAUCUGUUGCUCCGCACGACCCUCGUGUGACAAUCUCUGACACAGCGUGUGCUAUCACCGCGUCUGUUUGAUGAGCUUAGUCGUGAAGGACUCCAAUGAUUCUGCUUGGCAGGGUCCUUAAGCGAUAUGGAGGGGGUCCAGGUCCCCGUUGGACCGUAUAGCGGGGAUUGUGUCAGCGCCUAACGGCAGUUUGGUAUAUUGGCUUGAGACGGAGCCCGCGAGGUGCAACGGAGCCAUACGAUUAUGGUCGCGGCUGUUGAUACGCUGUUGUACUGGAUAAUUGUGCCAACUGCUGGCAGUCUCGUUCUGCAACCGCGGCCGUAAUCAGUCUUUCUUGAUAUCGGGUUUGCCCCUAGUGUUCUAUUCAUCAUCAUUGGUAGCCAGCAUUUCCCAAUUAGAGGCCUAGAGUGGCAAAGCGGAGGCGAUUUCAACGGAGCAGAAUCUGAUCUGAACUGGAGAAGGUAAG